AUGGUGUCAUCCAGAAAGAAAUCUCAAUGUGCAAUUGGAUCAAUGCUUGAUCUAUUAAAUGAGCCACCAAGAAGUAGAUCUCAUAACCAAGAAAAUAACUCCAACGGUUCUAACUCUCUCAAUUCUGCUUCAUCUACUGAUUCUGAAUCUUUGCACACCUCUGAAUCAUCUGAAGAUGAUAAUACAAUUGGAAGAGGCCCAACAAGGCAGGGAUUUCGAUGGGGAACUGGUGAGAAAAUGAUAUUGGAACUGAAUGAUGAUAACCAAGUGGUUGGAAGCAUGGCUGUUGAAUUUGGGACUCAAUUGGGGAUUUUAGCUAAAGAAGGAAAAAGUGAGACAAAAACCUACUUACUAGCUAAUCGCCCAGGAAGAAUUGAAGAGGAUCAAUGGCCUGCAUUUGUUAACUAUUGGCUUUCCAAGAGAGCAAGGAAAAUUAGCAAUAGAAAUAAAAGGAACCGGAAAGAGUUGCAAAUGCCACAUAGACAGGGGAGAACGGAUACCUAUAAUCUUCAAAAUCAAGCCACCUUAAAGGCGUUGAAGCAACAAUUGCCACCUGAGUUUCAAGAUGAUAUUGAGGCUAAUAAUAAAAUUUUUGAAGACGUCAUUAGAAAAGAUGCUCCAGGAUGCCUACGCAGCUGUAAGAUUGCUUCAAAAAGUAAGAAAGUGUUCACCUUUCAACAAGAAUUUGAUCGAGCAGUCGAUGAGAGAGUUGCAAGCAUUCAACACGAUUUGGAGAUUAAAUUGCAGAAUGAGAUGGAUGAAAGAUUAUCCAAAAUGAAAGAUGAUUGGCUUGCCGAAAUGAAAACAAUGAUGCAGGAUCAAUCUUCUAGCUUUGGCAGUCCAAAUACCCAGGUACAAGAGUCUUCUAAUUCCCAGCACAAAAUUGCUUUGAAAGAACCUUUGCAUGGAUUAGGAAAGUCAUCAAAUAAUGGCCAAACAAAUGAAUCUACUAAGGUGAGCAAAGAGAUAAAUCAAUCUAAAGAUGAUAAUCCUCCAUUGAUUCGUUCAGAUGCUACUUCCACUAUGGAAAUUCAAAAGGUUACAUGA